UCUCACGCUCGGCAGCACACAAGAAGAGGACCAGCAGGAGCCGGAUGUGGGAUGCGAUAGUUAGCAUGAGCCUUAGCAAUCGGGCGGGAAUCCUUGUGAACUUGCCUUCCUUGACGUCCCACUGUUGCACUUUUAACGUGACAGUCUCAUUACGUCAGCGACUGAUGUCUGCUUUUGACGUUCCAACUGAAACUGUUCGGCUACGAUCACCACGACGAGCAGAAGUGACGAAGCCGAGGAGAGAACCAACGCCGGCUGUGCAGAGGAAGAGACGGCGUGUGGAGAACUCGAUCGUCUCCAGCAACCCUAAACCUCGCCGCGCUAACAGAGCGGCUCAUGCUCACAGAAGGUCUAACGCUAAUAGCGCGGCCAAUAGAAGAGCCAGACCCCGAGGGAGGUCAGCGUCCGCCCCGCCCGCCGACGCCGAGACCAUCGACGUGAUGGACAACCAGGAGAACGGCGUUGAGGAGGUGGUGGACCUGACGUCCGAGACAGCGGAGGCCUCGCAUGUUGUCGACCUCACCAACAAUGACUCUGUGCUGCUGGUGGAUGAAGGUCCUCAAAGCAGGAGGAACACCACGGGAGAAAGUUACGUCGUGAGCAGCGACGACGACGACGAUACCUCGCCUGCUGUUCCCCGUGUUGACUUCUUGUCCUCGCUGCGGAGGCAGAGCUCCGUCGGGUGUACACCUGGAACCAUCAGCUGUCCGGUGUGUAUGGACACCUACUCGGAGAUGGUGGACAGCGGGCGUCUGGUGGUGUCCACCAAGUGCGGUCACGUCUUCUGCAGCCAGUGCCUGCGAGACGCCCUGCGCUGCUCGCUCACGUGCCCCACGUGCCGCAAACGCCUCACGCCUCGCCAGUAUCACCCCCUCUACAUCUGAGCGCCUCCCCUGUUUGCGUCCCCUCUCCUUUUACCCCGUUCUUGUGUUUGUGUUCUACUUAAUAAAUAAAGCGCCGCGUACACACACACGCGCGCGCGUUGCACGUCGGGAGCGUGCGGUCACCCGACGGGAAGGACCGGACGGACGGCAAAUGUCGGCGGAAUGUUCGAGAAGGUUCGAGGCUAGCUUUUAUUUCCGAAAGUUGCCUCCUCUAGAAAAAUCCAUGACAACAUUUGUUUGACAAAGGUUUGAACAAUUUAAUAAAGAUUCUAUUUCAUAUGUUCAUAAAAUAGGCGGAAAGCGUCAUCAAUAUCACUUUAUAGUUAAAGGCUGACGACAAAUGUGUUCUUAUGCUCACGUAAAUAUUUGGGAGGUGAGUUGGCUUCCACAUUUGUGUCGUCGCAAAAAAAAAAAAGUGCUUGUCAUGUAAGCAAAAUUGCUGUUUCUUUUCCUUGUGGGAGUGUGCAUUGUUACAUAUACUUACCUCCUGCCUUUAUAGUUUCAAUCGUUUUUGUUUUUUCAAACUUAAAUUGCUUGAAAUAAAAUGUUCUGCUUUGAAGAGA